UCAUAUUACACGAUUUAUUCACUUUAAGAGCCAUGGCUCGCAUGUAUGUGACUGUGGGCCUUUAUUUUGAAAUGUGUGGAAGUGUUGGUGCCGUGUGUUGAGCUUCACCCCUUCAUUCUCCUCAGAGACUCCGACAUCAUGGCGGACGCCGAUGACUGGGAUGCUGAUAGUUUCGACCCCGAGGAGCCCAUCAAAAAGGCGGCAGUUCAUGACAAAUGGGAGGGCGAGGAUGAAGACGACGACGUCAAAGAUAAUUGGGAUGAUGAUGAAGAGGAAGAAAAGGAGGAGGAAAAGAAAUCAGAGGCCAAACCUACAGAAAAGAAGAAACUCAGCGAGAAAAUAAAAGAAAAGGAAAAUUUACAAAGAAAAAAACAAGAGGAGCUCCUUAAACAAUUAGAGGAGUCGGAAGACAGCACAGAACUCACACCAGAAGAAGAGCUGGCAGAAAAACUUCGAGUAAAAAAACUACAGGAGGAUUCAGACUUGGAACUAGCAAAAGAAGCAUUCGGUAAGUGCUUCUGUUCAUCCAUGUCCACAUUUGUGCUCAUUAUUGGCCCUGAUCAUUCACUUAUACUCUUAUUUGUAGGUGUAGUAUCAAAUAAUGUUACAGGAAUUGAUGCCAUGAGUCCCUCUACAAAAGAAGACUUCACAGAGUUUGAGCGGUUGCUAAAAGAAAAGAUUUCUUCUUAUGAGAAGUCAAUACACUAUUCCAGCUUUUUAGAGACACUGUUUAGGGACCUGUGUCUUUCAUUGGAAGUUGAGGACUUUAAGAAAAUUAGCACCUCGCUAACAGUGUUACUGAGUGAAAAGCAGAGGCAAGAAAAGGCAAACAAAGGUAAAAAGAAAAAGAAGGGAGUUUUACCCGGAGGAGGUUUAAAAGCCACAAAGAGAGAUGAUCUGGCGGACUACGGGGAGUUCGACGGCGGUUAUGCACAAGACUACGAGGAUUUCAUGUGACCAAGGCUUAACCCAUUGCUAUUGUUUGCUGAUUGCUGAAGCACACACUUUAACAGCAUGACCUUACCCCCCAGUCAGGCCCACACUAGACAACUCUGAACCCGUCCCACACACUCUCCCCUCAAGAGGUUCAUGCAGAGAAUCAGUUCACUGCGCCAUUUUUCUCUGGUCUGUGAACUUCGGUAUAAUAAACCCAAUUAAAAACGGGGUCCUUCUCGCAAAUGUGAAUCUGCAGCUUCGAUUAAUCGUCACGGUCCAGGCAACAAAGAGUGUUAUUGUUCGGUGACUGAUAUUUCUUGGAAAUAAAUGACAUUCUAUGCAAAUUUCAGUCCGGAUUGAUCUGUCGUUGGAUCGGCUUUGGCUGGUAUACUUUUGCCACCAGACCGAUUAACUCGACCUGUACAGCCUGAAGUGGUGAUAUGGUUUAUAAAUCAUGUUUUCAAUCAGACG